UUGGAAAUACGUCAAUAGGGUUUAAAUUCCGGAUGAAACAUGAAAUUCGAUCUUCCCAAGUCUCACGCACAGACAAAGCCACAGCCUCGCUUUUUGAAUUUGUCGAUGAUGGCAAUGUAAUCAUCUGCCUUUAUAUGCGUCUUCCCUGUACGACCUUCCGUCUUCACUUCUCUAAUCCAAUUCUCAGUUCCAGUUCCAGUUCCAGAAUUUCUAGACCUUAUAGUGAAAGGAAAAUGGGGAGUGCUUCAUCAGUGCUUACUCAAUAUGAUAUUGAAGAGGUUCAACGACACUGCGAUAAUCUAUUUUCCCAGCAAGAAAUUGUGUCAUUAUAUCAAAGAUUUUGCCAACUAGAUCGAAAUGCCAAGGGAUUUAUAUCUGCUGAUGAGUUCUUAUCUGUGCCGGAGUUUGCUAUGAAUCCGCUCUCUCAGAGGCUGCUUAAAAUGGUUGAUGGUUUGAACUUUAAAGACUUUUUAUCUUUCUUGUCUGCAUUUAGUUCUAAAGCAAGCAUGCAGCAGAAAAUUGGACUUAUUUUUAAAGUGUAUGACACUGACUGUAAUGGGAAGGUUUCCUUUGACGACAUAAUGGAAGUGCUGCGUGAUUUGUCAGGUUCUUUCAUGUCUGAUAAGCAAAGAGAGGAAGUCUUGAGCCAAGUUCUGAGAGAAGCAGGUUACACGAGAGAUUCUUACUUAAUGCUGGAUAACUUCAUUAAGGGCAAAUAUUGGCAUUUAAAGAGAGGACUAGGAAUGCUUCCUGAAGUGCUACCCAGCCUGUGAAAACCAGAGUGUAAAAGGUUUUUGGCAAUUCUGACCUAAAAAUGGACGUUGAAGUUCCAGUUGACUAAUCUGUUGUCUUAAUUUGAUGUGAGUUUGUGGUGAUGGCGUGAAGAUUCGGGGAAGUGCACCUAUUAUGGAAUUGUUCAUCUCCUGUUAGAAAUACACACUUGUAUAAUUCCUCUAUCCUAUUGGCUGUGAAUGAUGAAGGACGAGCAAUCUGUACAUGCGAAUAAGCAUAAGUGCCUGUAAAUGAUUUCACUUGCUCUGUUGAAUGUGGCUUUGCUGUUAAUAACUUAAUUCCUUUGUACUCAGAUUCACAGAUGUUGCAUCUGUUUGAUUUAUGCAAUUUUUGUCACGAGCAA